AUGAUUGAGAGUGUCAUCCUUGCUGCACUGAUUCCUCUCCGAACUUCCAUUGACACUCUCACUGUGAGAGUUGAGACUUGUGAAAGCAGACAUGGGGAGACUUCUGAGAUUACGGCUUUGCAAGCUGAUGUGGCAUAUCGGAUGAAAGAUGUAGACUAUCUAAAGUCUACAGACUUCACUUCACUACUAGAGGCAGCGUAUGAUGUAGAUGCCCUAGAGACUUUUGAGAUUCCUCUAGCCACCACCAGAGAGGUAUACUGGAAUGGCAUAGCAGCGGAUGAGUCGGAGGCAGAGACCGACGAGGAGCAGAUAGAGGUGUGGGAGGAGAGCAUAUAUGGUGACCUGCCAGAUCUAGAGGAGAUGAUUAUAUAG